CACUAAUAUGGAAAAUACUUGAAUCAAAAUGUAGACAAAAAGAUAGAGAAAAAAAUUGCAACAACUGUAUAAUCAAUUGGUCUCAGGUACCACCAGAUUGACAAAAAAAUCAACUUCUCUGUUAGGUAGUACGAAAUUAGCAAGGCCCACUGGUUGUGAAUAAAAGGCUGAACUGAACUAAAUGAUAGUUAUCUUGAAUCUUCCUCCUCUACAGAAUCAUCUUGUUGUAGUCCCAAAUAUGAGGGACAGAAACAGAAAACAUAAUUGUAGGUACAAUAAUUUACUAUUUCUGAGCUCUGGUACGAAUAUAACAUAUACGAAUACUGUAAACAAAAUAAUCUUUAUUGUUUUUAAUAACGUUGUAAUGUGUAUGUAAUAUUAUCCAGUAAUAUAAUAGGGUUAUAAAUUUUAAUCAGGUAAUGCAGCGUCUAAGUAACGAUUAUACACAACACACCAAGGGUGUAUUGUGUAUUACACUAAUAAUAAGUAAACCAUAUCUUUGUUUGCGAUGAUAUUUUUUUUUAUUUUCAAGUCCUUACUUAUCGUGAUUGAAUUGGGCGAGCCCCCAGCAACCGAACCGUUUACACAAAUCGUUUUUGAUCCGAACACACGACAAAUUGCUCUUAAUAAAAUGAAAUCUCAUCCAAUAACGGUUUAAUUUUGUCCGACGGCAAUAGUGAUCCAUCUUCAAGAUCCAAACAAACAGAAUUAACGAAUUACAAUACACACAUUGGCGAGUAUACGUACACUCAAUGACACCUCGUACACCCCGGUAUCACUUUACGCGUAUCAGUUUGUGAACGAUUACAACUCGACCAACAUGAACCAGAACGAAAAGCUGAAGAAAGUUGUGUCGCUGAUUAAGGAGAAUUGUUUCUCCAAAUUGGGGGAAGUCCAAAGCGAUGGUGGUAGUACCUGCGAGAGGAUUUUCGACGGUCUGUACUGCUGGCCUCGAACUAAAGCUGGACUCUUGGCUGUGCAGUCCUGUAAUAAUGAUCUACUUAAGUCUGUAAAUAAGACUGGAUUGGCGACCAGGCAAUGUACUGAGAAUGGCACGUGGUUUAACGAAUAUACAGGAAGACCUUGGACGAAUCUGUCAGAGUGCGGAGUAAUCUAUAUUAUGGACGAUAUCGAUGAAGAAUUGAUUUACGAGACUUGGCUGCCAGUUAUAAAGAAAACAGCCCGCUUUGGGUACACCGUAUCAAUUUUAUCGUUGAUACUAGCUUUACUCAUAUUCAUCACUAUCAAAAGAUUGCACUGCGAGAGAAACAAGUUACACAUGCACUUAUUUAUUUCUUAUAUUUUGAGAGGGGCUUCAUUUAUACUGAAAGAUGUACUUUUUAUUGAGGGUACAGCGCUAUCGAACGAUGUAGAGUAUGUCAAUGGACAUACUAACGUCAACUAUACCUGGCUUUCUAUACCACUAGUUUUUGUCUUUAUUUGGGCUUUAAUGAGGAUGCUUUUUGAAGAUACCACUUGCUGGACAUUAAACGAUCAAAAUUACAUCGGGCUCUUACUAGAAAUCCCUAUUGGAAUAACCGUUGUUGUAAAUUUUCUACUGUUUCUACUUAUUGUAAAGGUUUUGGUACUCAAGAUUCAUUUUACUUCCACAUUUAUUCAACAGAAGAAAGUCAAAUUCAGGAAAUUAUUGAAGUCCACUUUAAUUUUGAUACCAUUAUAUGGAAUCCCUUAUACUAUGACGCUGAUUCUAAGUUUUUACGUAGAAUCGAGCAAGAUUCUUGAAAUAAUAUGGCUUUUUUUGGAUCAGUCCUUUACAUCAUUUCAGGGAUUUUUUGCUGCUCUCGUUUACUGCCUUUUAAAUAGCGAAGUUCAUGUAGAAAUUAAACGAAAAUAUAGCCUGUUUUAUAGCAGACAAGUAAACAAGGAAUGCUGCCGAAGUAGAACGAUAUCUAGCAAUACUCAACAAUUCUCUCUUCAGAAUAAUGAUGAUGCACUGGAAAAUUUAAACCUGUUCGGCAUAACAGAUGAUGAUUUAAUUAAAAAACGACGAAAAUCUAUAGAGAUUUAAUCUGCUUUAUAUAAAUUUAUGUACCUACUUGUGUUUCUGUGCUAUUAAUGUUAAGUGUAAUUUUUUGUAUGCUGCAAUGUUUCUUGCCUGAUGGCUUUGACUAAUCACGGGCACGAAAAACGGGUACCUUAAAAUCUUGAUGUAUUUUAAAGUUUAAUAUAUUUUGUUCUAAUGAGCCGAUUUUGAUAAUUGCCAUGGCCGUGUAUCAUCCUGUAAUCCUGUAUGAAACUUUAAAAUACAUGAACAUUUUAAGGUACCCGUUUUCCGUGCCAGUUAGUGUAUAUUUUUAUAUUUAAUAUUGUCUUUCAUACGAUAAUUUUUAUAACAAAUUAUUUAUUUUUUCAAAUUAUCUCCCACUCUAUUUGCUUCUACAUGUUAGAAUAGGUAUAAUUGUUAAGUAACUAAAUAUGAUUAUUUACCAGCACAUUAAAUAUACAUAUAAUUUUUGUAAAAGAAUCUCGUAAUAUAUGGUUGCUGUACCAUAAUGCGGCUAUGUACUACCCUUAUUACUAUGUGCCUUAUAUGUUUUCAAAAUAAAAUUGUAGAUUCCAUGUUAAAGUUAAUAAAAGUGUUGUAUUAAAAUAAAUAAA